AUGCUAAAAUUUUUGUUGAGGCGCUGUGCAUUUUGCACCAAUUGGUUGGUGUUAAGGUUUAAUUGCCCAUCUUGUUGGUUGUCCACGCUGGCCACGAUAACCGAUCGCAGCAUAAUGUGAGUGGGUUAUUUUUUACGUUUAUAAUUACUCUGUAUCUUUGCGCAUUAUUCCUUGAUUUUUGUUUUAUCUCUAGAUCAUAUUUUAUCCAUUGUUGCAUUUUUCCUACCACUGACGUGGUUAAACCAUAAGGAAAGCAAACUUUACGAGAAGCGUCCAGAAACGCCACUUGCAGCAUCAAAAUCCGUGCGUACAAAUCAGCUUGAUCGGAGCUCAACCUGACGAUUUUUCAAUCAAAGACCGAAUUCGGCACGUCCAUCUGCCUCCUUGUCAUGUGCAUGACGAUUAUACGACUAUAAUCCCUUCUCACGUAACUGCGUCUCUUUACAGAUACGUUGUGAAUUCACAACGAUAACCGUUAAGGCAAAAGAAUAUGGAGGUCGGGAUCAAGAGGAUAGAAGAUUCAGGCCGAAUAACGGGUGUUCGUAGGUUAAUUAAUUAUAGCUAAUGGACGUAUUGAUAACCAAUAUGCAUUUGCUUAGAUCACUUGAAAUGUGACCGAUGCAUCAUCUAGUAUUCAGUUUUAGCUAGGAAUAUCAUUCCACUGGUGGUAUCUUUUAUCUUGAAGUUGUGCCUCAGUACAUUCUUAAGACAGUUCUGUUAUGGAGUAGAGGGUUGUGGCCGUCCACACGUGUCGGUUUACUCAGGGGCUUGGGGAGGGAGGAGGGGAGGGAUCUAACAGUGAACUGCGCUUAAAUUUCGUCGCUGUAGAUCGACGUAGUAGGAUGAAGUUAAUAAGAUUCUGGGGUCAUUUUGUCCCAGGGUAAAUUGGGGGGUUGUGUAAAUGUCUUCUGCGAGGGCAAGGCAAGGUUGGCUAACUGUAUGGACAUUGCCUCUGACUCUGCAAAAACUCGCUGGUGCAGGAGCUGUCUCAUGGGCACUUCAUACACGACUCUGAAUGCUUGGGUGACGUCUUCCCGGUGGCCACUGUCAACCAAGUGAGCCAACAUUGCACAAGAGAUGGACUUUUCCAUGCCUUGAUUUAGCCAAACAGGAUAGCGCUCUUAUAUUCGCUGGGUAGGCGCCCAGUUGUUCGACCAAUAUACCCUGCCUCACAGGAAUAAGUGAGGCGUAAACGCACACUGAAGAACUCUGAAAAGAUAGCCUACCCGUUAUUUCAAGGAGAAGAGGCGGGGUGCUUGAGAUGAGUCUUAACUGACAAAUAUGUACACGCGGAUGAUCGCAGUAUUUAAGCGACGAUUUAGAAGUUCGCCUGCAGGUUCUUCUCGAAAUGGCAAUGUGAGAAAUAGUUACUUAUCCUUUGCCGCUGACACGGCUGUUUUCCAGGGACGUUGCUUAAUAUAUUUUGGAACAAAUGUACCGGGAAGGUUAUUUUCCUGCAGCAAGUUUUGUGUGAAGGCGAUUUCGACGAUACCCACUGUGUGCUACACACCAAGUUGCAACAGCCGCGAUGAUUUACGUGUGAAUUAGUUUAUAGUGAUAGUAGACUUUCGCAGCAUUUACCGCACCUCUUCUUCCCCACUCCCCACCUAGACCAGGUACCAAGACAGUCAAGAAUGCCGCAGAUGGGGGAUGGCGCAGGUGGCUGGCACGACCAGGCCCGCACCCAGGCGUGCCACCACGCUAGUCUACAACAUACACUUGACCAGGAAUUUUCCCCGACAAAAAUAACACACCAAAAGGCGUCAGGAAUAUGAUGAUGACUGCGCAGCCAUGUUUACCACCUGUAUACCCAGCGGGGGCACAAGCACAUCUACUGGCAAGAAACCAGGUGUCAGCGCAUACCAGGCUGCGAGGGCUAUGGUUUGCUGAUACUGGCAUAGCACACGCUUUUAGGCCUUUUGACCAUAAAGAAAGCUAGUGAUAAUUUCACGGAUAGAGACGAAUAGUUCAAUUCCGGAUGUGUAUCCGGGUAAAGAAGCAGCUGAUUGAUCAUUGAAACCGUCUUCUCUAGUGAAUUUCCAAACUCAUGCAUGGGCACAUUAUACGAUAUGACUGUGACAGAAAAGCAAGUGACGGUUGUAGACUCAACGGUUAUUACUGCAGGUCUGGAGAUGACUGCAAUGGAAUUUAUAUACGAAGUCACAAACAGUAUUUUAAUUGAUUAAGUUCUUAUCAGAGACCCGAUUUGAAUAUUUUUUUGGUAUCAGCAAGUAUGACGACGGUUAUGCAGCUAAGCUGGCCAUUCUUUUCGAAUGGGACAACCUUUUGCUAUAAUGUGCGUUCAUAUAUCUUUACUUAUCAUUCCUUCGUCUAACACAAGUAAAGGCGGAACAUAUAUGCGGUGGGAGUCAUCCACACGUUCUUUCUCUGUUACACUAUGAUGCACUAUUUUGUAAAUAUGCUCCCGUUUAGCCUUACAUCGUCUGCGGUCGCUGUACGCCUUAGGAUAUUCAAAUUGAUGCAUGAACGCCUUAGGCGACACGUCCAUGUUCUGGCAAUGAAUCACUCGGCCCUACUUACCGAGACGCAGACUGCUGAGUUGCAUUUACGGUAAAUCCUCAGCAGGUAGUUCUAAGAGAGUGUGCAAUUCUAACAGCUUAUCUUGCCCACAGCGGAUUCUCACCACGAAAACCUUCGUCGUAAACAACUGCAUUAUCCAGUAUAGGCUGAGCUAAAAUUACUGCCAGGUCUUAAUAGGUGUUAUGGCAGAUUUGAAAUAACUCACUUUGACACAACUGUGAGAAAAUCAGAACCUCUGUGGGAUUCGAACACACGACAGCAAAGGGAGGCUUAAGUACAGCCAACGCUCUAGCCAUCUGAGCUACGAUGCCUCACCGGACGACGCGAAUGGGCGUGCCAGUGAUCGCCAACAUAGCAACCAGCUCGUCUUCCCACAAACGUGGGACCCCAGUGAGUAAAACGCGCUUAGAUUAAUAAGGUAGGCCUGAAUUGACAUGUCAACUAGUACUUACAGGCAUGACAUCUGUUGCUGCAGGUGGUUCGUCAACCAGGACCCGUGACCCUGACGACAGGUCUAAGCCAAGCAACCUCAUUAUUUUUAAAAGCCCAAGCGGAUGAUUAUGGGGCGUUUAUGAACAUAACGCCCACUUUCAGGAAUCGCGCGUUGGAAUGGCAGACAAGCAUCUGCGGUAGACGACAGGGUAGUUCUUAGCAUACUGAGCCAGCGAAAACAACACUGAAGACAUCGUGCCUUCCUUCGACGUCUCUGUGUAGAAUAACUACAGUUCGAAGGCAGACGGUGGCAUUGCCGCGCUCCACUAAACCAGCGCAGACAAAUGCACGCGCACGCCGUGGCGAAGCAGGAAAUGGCGCCAGGCAGUGCAUACGCAGCAGUACAUGCCUCCGUGGGAUCCGAACCAGGUGUUACGACACACCAAGUUGGGGAUUCGGCCGUGCCACCCACCCUUUUAUUUUUGGUCAAAAAUCUGGUCAUUUGCUGUGUGGAGUGGAACCCAGGGUGUCGGCUCGACUGUGCCAUCCACCUGUGUUCUCCCCGCCUCCAGUCUUCUUCACUCUGUCUUGACACCUGGGCCAGGUGGGGAUUGGGGAAGAGGGAGUGCGGUAGAUGCUGUGCAAGUCUACAUUCCCUAUAAACUAAUUCACGCACAAUUCACCGUCCUUGCUCCACCUUGCUGUGGGGAACACGGUGAGCAUCGUCCACAACGCCGGCCGAACUAUCGUACCAUGCUUGUGCAAACAGUAUAGGCACAGGUCCGGCUGCCAAAUACCUACCCUUUCACCUCUAUCGAAAUGUAAAACUUUAACUGCGACUAGAAAUAAGUUGCUUUCUGAACUGUGUGACCUCUUUUUGCCGAUUGAGACUCGCACACUUCCUUGCACAAAAUACUUCGAUGAUUAUAUCUCAAACUGAAUUGCUUUAGGCAUCUGUGGAUUUAUGUAGCCCGAUGUGUUUACCAUCUCUUACUGUUCAGGAGUAUUCACUAAUUCGUCAUUUAAGGGGUAGCCAUCCGCGGAGAAAGAGACACGAUAGCUGGAACAAGUGCAUUAUUAGCCUGACGCUUCGGAUUCUCACUUGAAUCCAUUAUCAGAGACAGUCAGAUAACGGUAGAGGAUUGCCCGAUGUUGCAACAGUUAUAGGAUGUAGUUCCUAGACUACUACAUGCCUACCACGGUUGACAGCUCCCGAGUGCAUCAUAGCUCGACUGGUAGGGUGUUGAAGUAGCCAUCGCCAUUCAGUUGUUAUGCUCCUGUAUGCCGGUCAAGAUUAUCGGCUCCCACGCUCAUCGUACGGCGCUGAGUGACAAAGGAGUUAGCCUCGAGGAGAACGUGUGGAUACCCACUGUCCACAGUAUCAAUGUCGGCUAGCCAAAUCACCCAAGCGUCCACAUGGAUGACGAAAUCCAGUAGUCAGCCCCUCGGCGGCGUGCGAUGAGCGUGAGAGCCGAUAAUUUUGACCGGCAUACAGACGCAUUACAACUGAAUGGCGAUGGCAUACUUCAACACCUGACCAGUCGAGCUGUGAUGCAAUCGAGAGCUGCCAACCGUGGUAGACAUGUAGCGGCCUUGCAGCAUCUGGACAAUCCUCUACCCUUAUCUGACUCUGUCUCUGAUGAUAGAUUCGAGUGAGAAUCCGAAACGUCAGGCUAAUAAAACACUUGUUCCAGCGAUCGUGUCUCCUUCUCGACUACUUCCUAGAUUUCGCCCCUUCACUUCUAUUAGCAACCUUUAGCCUAUACCGCUUUUUCAGAAAUGUGCUAGUUUCCCCACACCUUAAAGUAUGUUCAUUGAAUAUGCACCCGUUUCCAACAAAAAAGAUACAUCAACUUCACCGUGCUCUCGCUUCUGCGCCUUAAGACCAUGCCGUUAAAAACCACUUCUAUGGCCGGGGACAACCGCAACUGAGGCUGGCUCGGCCUCAUUCCGCAAACGUUCAUUAGCAUACAGAAUGAAGCGGAGCUUAGGAGUAAUCGAGGACUAUGAGAGCCAAUUCAUCCAUUUUUAAACAUCGUUGUACAUACUUUGUUGAUUCUUUAAUGAGCUUGCUCUCCGAAAAAGAAGCCUGCAACAUGUACAACUUUUAAUUUAUGCUUAUAGAAAAACAGGAUUUGAGUUGUAGUCACGAUCUCCACUGCCUGCUGCGCAACGGACCCGUGCAAGGUGGGCGUUCGAAUUUCCGUUCAUUUUGGUAAAUAAAAAUAAUCUCAUUUCAACUGAUCUAGUUGUAAAAAAGCUAGGACUUAGAGGCAUUAGAGUUCUCGACAGCAGGGACAAGUCUGGAGCACAGCCAACGUUCUAACCAUUUGAGCUACGAGGCCGUUUUCCUUGUAUAAAGUCUGCCAGGUGGCCGGACAUUUUAUUUGCGUUGGUUCUCAGAUAUGCCCAAGUGUCAAGUAUGCAAACCGCGUUGGCGGAGUUUUCACCAGCCCCUACUACCAGGCAGAACCAACUGGCUCUCUUUACAGCGCUUUCAUCUACCUGCUGAUUUCCGUUUUUGCAAGGCCUUUUGUCCUUGUGAUGUGACAAAGAUCAGGUUUUGCAAUCACUGUAGCCGCAUUGAUGGACCUCGAAGCACCUGACUGCCCGUGAAUUUAUCCCUAUUUAAACAAAGGAAAUGGGCCGAUUGUUCUAGCUAGGACCGUUGUAAGCACACGAGAUGGAGAUGACGAACAAAUACGGAUGCAAGAGUCCGAACGAGAAUACCCCCAUAACAGGGCUUUAUUCAUCCUACAAUGACGUACUGGAACUAAAACGAGAAAUAGAAAAGUAGUAGAUACGAUGGAAUUUAGCCCUGGGGUUUAUGUUAGCAUGACAUCGAACCUUUAGACAACGUUUCUAACUCGAUUUUACAUUUUGAGAAACACUAUUUUCAGCUUGUUUUAGGCACCAGUUAACCGUAUCUCCUUCCCCGAUUAUCAGUUUAUGCUAUAUCUGCUAUAUCUCGGUAGAAUAUGCGUCAUUGUUAUCUGUAUACACAACAAUCUUACCAAUGCAAUGCCUCGUCAACUGCAUUCGUAACCGCGAUUCCAACAUUUUAGAUCAACGACUAAGCCUGCUGCACCGUCAGUUGCACACAGCUAAUAUGGCAGGUUUCAGCAGACAUUUUAGGUGUGCAAAAACGAAUCAUGAGUAAAUGGAUAAAUAAGAUGGCAGAAUAUCAGCGAUGAGGUCAUCUUAAUGUUCUUUAGUUAUGACAUGAUAUUAAAGCGUCUUUCUGAUUGCAAAGCAGACUUUUUGGCGUUUUAAAUUACUGCAUAGUAAGGAGCCGACUUCAGUAUUUUCUUGUGACCCUGAAAGGUAGCAGGGAGAUCAGAUUUCAGCGCGUCUUUUUGAGUAUGCAUAUCGCUUUCUUCUUUGGUAGUCCCCAUAGUAUACAGUUCACGUACGCAUCACCCUGAAGAGUAGGUAAGAGGGAGUUACGCCAGGUUCGGAUUUGGGCAAAACUGACUCAUCGCAAAUCACCUGACGCGCUUUAGACGGCUGACCACGGAAUGAUUCGUUUAUCUUACUCAGGCUGAAGGCCAGACUCCACUGAUUCCUUUGUACUGCAGCCCUUAGAGCAGUUUUUCCGGAAUUCUGCCAUGUAUAUGUAGGCAUGAAUGCAUGUUUCGCACACGAAGACGACAUUCAUCUGCUUCAAUUAUUGCUUCCGGGCGCACACUUUCAGUCCUACUUAUUUUGUCUCUUCAUUGGAGUGCGUUUAGUGUUAGAAACGAGAGUCUUGCAGUCACUGCAAAAGUCUCCUAUUCCUCAGUCCACUUCAGGUGCAAAUCACCGUUGCAACUCCGAGACAGCGCUGGUUACAGUCACAGUGCACACGUAUCAGACAGCUUAACUACCUGCAAUUGGGAAAACAAGCAUUGUCAUUGCUUGAUCAGCGGCAAGGCUGUUGCACAAAAUUCGGUUUGAAAUGCACUAUCCAGGCUCCCGUCAGUGUACUUGUGGGGGUUUUUCGGUCUCAUGGGCUAUUUAUGAAUCUCUGUUCCUUGAUACUGCUAAGACUAGAAUAAUGGUAGGGGGCGCUCACCGAUCGUUCAUACGGAACUCACUCGUUCCGUUGUGCCUUAAGGGCUCUUUCUCGAGCCCAACCAGCAGCCGCACAGCGGCGCAUGAUAAAUAGGCAGAAUGGCAUUACCGACAAAGAUAAGGUAGACUAGAAUGGUCAUUUCUGGCUUGUUAGCCGUCGUCAGCCAGUCAUACCCAACCCCGAAGUGGGGAACACCCGAGGCUCGAACUCGCGGCCUGUCAGUUAGAAGUCCACGCCUCUAGUCACCGGGCCACGAGCGCGUUGACCUGUCGGUUUCGAUCGGGAAGGGUGUUCCACACUUCGGGGUUAGGUAUGACCUGCUUACGACGACAACUAAGCCAGAAAUGGCCAUUUCAGUCUCCCUUGUCUUUGUCGGUAUUAACAUUCUGUCUAUAUCAUGCAUCGCUGUGCAGCUGCUGGUUGGGCUCGAGAGGGAGUUCGUAAGGCACAACGGAACGAAUGAGUUCCGCAAGAACGAUCGGUGAGCACCCAUUUCCCGAUCGAAACCGACAGGGCAAAGGACUCGUGGCCCAGUGGUUAGAGGCGUGGACUUUUAACUAACAGGUCGCGAGUUCGAGCCUCGGGUGUUCCACACUUCGAGGUUGGGUAUGACUGGCUGACGACGGCUAAUAAGCUAGAAAUGGCCAUUCCAGUCUCCCUCGUCUUUGUCGGUAAUAACAUUCUACUUUUGAAUAGGUUACCACCAAAAACCUGCGAUUCCUUCCGAAAAGUAGCUCAUUGGGACAGCACGUGUCAGUUAUUGUUCCAAGUUGUUUCUCGACCCUUCAUAACUUGGCUUAAGACGACUACUUUUAGUACAUGCCUAUCGCAGGUAUAAUUUCUUUUUUUACUCGCACGACAAAGUUGUUGCGUCGUUGUGUCGUCGUUUGGUACACUUUACCUUUACUGGCCACCUUGGCGGCUUCCCUGUGUUUCGCUGUUCUGCGUCAUUAUGUCGUGCCGUUGGGUCAGCGUUCCCACUUUAUUCUUAUGGGGUCCGCCAACGUCAUUCGUUCUUGGCUUUCUAUCGGUCAUUUUGCUGUCUUAAUUUCUGAACUUGUCAUCUUAUUGUGUAGGUACUAUAUUUGACUGCCUUUGAUUUUUUGGUGUUAAAUUUCGUUAGUAUUCAAUUUUCCGGGGCAUCAUUUGAUCCUAUUCACGGCAUUAGAACAUUUUUUUACAAAACUUCAUCCUUUUAUACCGCUCUCUUUCCCAUUUAUUAGCUCCAGCCAUAUAACCCUUAAUUUCACCUGUUCCGUAAGACACGAUGACCUAUUCUCUGCAUUCUAGAUGGGGCCGCAUAUUGCGUCAGUGCUCCAAGACCGCGGGAGCAGUUUAUUCCGUGAUCGUCACCCGCCUAUUCGCUUUACUCGCUCUUGUCCUCCAUACGUUAGGGUGUAGAUCCGGCAACAUUUAGGCAUUCUAUGCAUACCUAUGUAAGACACCUCGCAAAGCCCUGUCGCUCCUGCAUGAACUCGAUGGCUAACAAAAUGAGAUUUUUCUGUCGUACGGCUUAGGCAGUAGUACAUGGAUUUGGGGAAAGCACGAGUCUUGAUAGUUAACUAGUUAUUUACCCAUUAAUCUUUCACGCCGUCGUUACGUCUUGCCGGCAGUCUCGGGUGCCAUUUUAAUGAAUCGAUUUCUUGAACUCAUCAUUUGUGUGGUGUUUCUAUGGGAGGGUAUUUUUACUUCCUUUUCACGACGUUUUAUGAUGAUAAAUGAUAAGGACUUGUCCAGGUUCCAUCAUUGCAAUCUGUUUGAGCCUCCCGAAAGGAGAACGUAUUCUUUAUUUAUGUAAACUCCAUCAUUUAUGCCAACUUUUGGAGCCAUUUUUAUAUCAUCUCUCAUGACCCUCGACCACUCAUGACCACGGAUCUCAUCACCGUCUGUGGGGACACAGAUACGUCGCUGCCGUAUCUGAUGCUUUGCGUAAUGUGUUUUCUAACUUAACUUCUUAACUGCAAUCAACAGAAACUCGUUGAUUGCAUUUCAUAGGAGUCAAUGUUACUCCCAUUCGGCACUCUGCCAACGCUUAAAAUUUCAGAUCCAUUUCUUCGCUACAGACGUCACAAAGGUGCUUAAAUGCGCAAAACCGUAUGCAGUCUGACGUUGAUUUAAAUUUUUCACACAUCUUUAAAAGCAUGCAUUGUCCCCCCCCCCUCAAGCAUGCGCCUCCCUUGCACUUUGUGGCUGGUAUCGCCCGCAGAUGCAUCCAGCAUUCUGAUUGGGCAGAUACAUGCCAAGCAGUCUCUAAUAGGCCUGACUAGAUUAUUCUUCAGGCGCUGGUCCUAACCGCUGACAAGCGCGUUCUUUUCUUCCAGACAUGCGGUCUGCCACUGCAACAUUCAUUACGUGUGCGUCGGGUGGAGGAGUUGCGUCUGCGGUCCUAUCUGGUGUUCCCCUUCUAGUUGACUAUUCUGCCUAACCCAUGGCCGUUCACGCAAGGCUGAAGGUCUGUCCUGUGUUGCCUUUGUUAAAUUUUCUUUUACGUCUGUCAAACCAGUUCCUUCCCGCCAGUUGUCCCUCUGAUUUGCCGUUACGAUUUUUAUUACUCAGAGAAAUGUGAUUGCAUCUCUUGCGUAUAUAUAAUACUCUUUGAUAUUUAUGGUAUCAUGCUGUCGGGAACUUCAUGGUAGACAGUAAUUCCGCGCCCUAGCUGUGAUGUUUUUCUGUAUAAGUUACAGCAAACUUUGUCCUAUAUUGGGUUAAAAUAGAGUUGACCCGAUCAAAAAUCAAUCGCUUUACGAAAUGCUGAUCUGUAUUUUUUUCGGACUGAAAUUUUGCGUGAGUUUUCUGCAUUUUACAAACUUCAUAUGAAGCCAGCAGUAAGAAAGGUUUCCAGCAAAUGUUUGACCUGCAGCUCAAACUGCACUUCGCGAGUUGUUCAGUCUACUGCCCUGCUGUGGAUAGUCCUUACAAGGACAAACGAUUCUGAAGUAUUCUUUUUUGUGGUGAGGUCAGUUUUGAUACCUUAAUUAACAGUACUAACGAUGGGAAUUAAACUUCAUCCUUCAAAGCAGUUCGCCUGGUUCUUGUAACCUUUUCUGACUUACAUUGGUCAUCUGUAUCAAUUAUUUUCUGAGGCUAUGCCUUAUCAAGUCUCGAAGGGUAUCCGUUUGGUACGUUCUGAUCUGUUUUAAACAGCCUAUUGACCAAUAUUUGCUAUUAUAAAGGCAUGUACACGUUUUGGCGUGAGAAGAAUCCCCACGAGCUGAGUGACGUCUGUAUGGGCAAACGUUUAAGGCUACUAAAUGCCCCUCGGCUGCAAAUACUGCUCAUAUCUCUUCUAUUCAAGCGGCCUCCUUACAGGUGUUUAUUCCCGACCUACGUUGCCCAGAACAACGUGUCCGACCAACGUUUGCUUGAAGUUGUGCGAAUUUACCAUUUCUGCCUGACUGACACUUCUGUGUCGGUUGUCCUAGCUAUUAACGCAUACUUUCCCAGAUUUUUAUCCAAAUAUUCAUGGGUUACACCCCAACGGUGUGAUGAAUGCCUGUUUGGCCAAACUUCACAUCCGUGCAUAAAAGUGGAGCAGAAAGAGUAACCUACGACAUGUCUUGCAUAGCCACAUACUUUUGCAAAAAGGGGUCACAUCUUCUGCGAUAGGAUGAAUGCCUUUUUGACUAAACUUCACAUAGGCAGAAUGUUAUUACCGACAAAAAACAAGGGAUACUGAUCUCCCUUGUCUUUGUCAGUAAUAACAUUCUGCCUUUAACAUGCGCUGCUGCGCGUCUGCUCGUAAGGCACAACGGGACGAGUGAGUUCCGUAAGAAUGAUCGGUGAGCGCCCCUCUACCAUUGAACUUCACAUCCAUGCAUAAAAGUGGCGUAAAGAAGAGCUAAUGACACGUUUUGCAUUGCCACAUCCUUUUGCCAACGGGGGCCUGAGUGUCAUUCACUGAACAUCACCAUUUUUAGGCACUUUACGGUUGACGAAGAAAUAAAAGUCCGGAUUAUCAAAGUCAGUUGGGCGUCUCCAACAUGCUCCAGUCUUUAAUCAAGUCUCACCAACAAAUCUAGCCCAACGCUAGGCCGACGAUUUAAAAAAACCGGCCGCACUGGCAAAGCCACUCUAAUGCGCUGAAAUCUGAAGUCUCAAUCAGAACCGACUGAGGAUAUUCUGCUACUUUCAUCUCAGUUGCCUUCAGAGGGUUAUGAUUGUGAAUUGGCAGAGAUUGCUCCCUGAUUCCCCGAUCCUGGAAUCCAUUCGCAUGUUCAGUUGCCAACCGUCAGAAGGAUUGAUGAGCACUUACCACAGCGACCUUUUUACGUCGACGUUGCCCCACGUACUCACUGAACGAAUUUUUCAGUGUUUCGGAAUAAAUCCGAAGUCCUGGGAGACUCCUGCAGGUAAUCGGCAGAUAUGAAGAUCCGCCUGCUAAUGACUGGAGCUGCAGCCUUUUAGGCCAGCCAGAUUCCAGAGGCCAAGAGAACUCUCAAUUAGGUAAUGCCAGAAUGCGAUGUACAACGCUGCCAGCAUUCACUGUUUUCAUACUGCAAAUACGCUUUCGGGUUCCGCAAUGGUCCUAUGUGCCACCUUCGUUUCUAUUGCCUCAGCAACCGCAGAAACAACUCUCUAAUCUCUUCCACUUUUAUCAUUUAUUUCGGGCCUUGGGGAAUCCCUUUGACUACGAGCCUAAAAGACAAAACCUCGCACCACCUCGAACGCCAUGCGACCUAACAAACAUGAUCCGCGUCUAUUAUUAGGGGAAUCUCGUAGCAUAAUGGAAAAGAUGUCGCUUGUCUCGCCAGAAUCGUCGGAUUCGAGGCACUGGCCUGUUGAUUUUUACCCGGUGAUGUCUGCUAGGCAGACUUGGAGCUAAAAGGUUGGCAUUAUUUUGGCUGAUUCAGUCUCAAGCGUUGCCCUUCCAUAAACGUUAUCGGAAGUCUUGUCGGAUGUGAAAUCGAACAAAAAGGUGUUUGUCGAAAGCUUUUUAAACCACCUCGACUCCCGCACCCACAAGAUCAUUGCUAAAAACUUAAAGCAUCAGGAAGGAGAUGAUCUGUUCUACUAAGCUGCCUUCACACUUACCGUUGCAUUGUGAUUUACGUAGACUUUGAAGGUCUCGGUCCAUCAUAACAAUAGUUAAACCUAAUUAUUAGUGGAUAGCUAUUGUAUAUGCCUUAUGGCAAGAUCAAUACCCGCUACCACUAAGGCAAACUGCAGUUCACCGAAAAUAAUCCAAAACAACCCUUAGGUCACAUUUGUCGGAUUUAUGGUAGGUGCGUUUAGAAAAUUUAUCGACCAAUCGGCGCCCUUCAAAAGUCAAACUUGGACCGUCUAGACGUGUACUUUGACCAGUAUAAUCUGAGCUACUGCACGCAGACAGAAAUUUAUGUGACAUUCUGGCGAAAAUUUGGCAGCUGUGCAAAGUCGACUGGCAUGGGGUCUCCCGUGACCUCCCAUUGAAGUUUGACGCGUAAAUUUAACACGUGCUGUUGCAAGAGCGCGCAAGGUCAUGCCUACUCUUGACUUCUCUCAUUUACAGUUUGCUGAACUGUUUACAGCAACUGUUCACCCAAGUUGAAGCAUGCUUUCACUAAACUUUAAACGUUUUAUUGAUUUUAAUUGUUGUUGAGGCAACUUGGACUGUAAGCGUGAACUAGGUCGGUAGCGUAGAAUCCAGAUAAUUAAGUAUACUUGCGCCGCUCAGUUUUUUCACGAACUGAAUUACCAUUUUUAGUUUAAACAUUUUGACGUAAUGUCACUGGGGUCGAUUUGAAAAGUUUACUAUCACGGAACAGCCUCCCCAAGCCAACUGAUUUCGCUUGGAUGCCUUCUCAACUGCCAUCGUGGCGGAACUCACUGUAUUCUGGUCACUUGCAAAAGCUAGCUUUUUUCCUGAAAUAUUUUCUAUUAAAGGAAUUAGCUUGUGUGUAUUCUCUCCCCCCUGAUUUUCGAUGCCCUUAUAAAUUCAAAUGCGCCAAAAUAUUCUCUUACACUCAUCUGGUAGCAAAUCACGCUUUUUGAGAUUUCAUUACUUGAAGAACGGAUACAACAGGUUUUAAAACCUGUCUCAAUUACGGUGUAGUUCCGGACUUGACAUGCAGCUUUAUUCGCACUUAGAGUUUCCGAACGACAUUUUGUAUACUCUCCGCGUGAAGGAAAUUCGCAUUCUUCUGCAUUAUUAAAAAUAUUUUAUAUAGUGACCAUAAGAUUUUACAAUGACUGGAAGCCAUAUUGUAUGCUAUCUAAGCAGCAUUGACAAACGGGCAGAUGCGAGUGUGUGUGAAUAGACAUUUUGCGGACAAAAAGUAUCAUAACUGCAAACUUUGUUCAAGUAAAAAAUAUGAAGAUGUCAUCUGCUACCGAAUGAUUACAGGCUCAAAUAUUUUUAUGAAUGUUCUGUAUAAAUGCAUCUCUUUCUGGUCGCCUGCCAAAAUCGGACUCGACAAGAAAUGACUGUUUAAGUAGCAUAAAUUUUCUCCAUCAAAUUUCGAUGCCAUUGCAAACGCAAAUAUAUUUUGUAAAAACCUCCAUGAAAGUUUUAUUUGUCGUAUUCAUCUGACAGCAAAUUAUGGCGUCUUUAAAUUUUUUGCCCGAAGAAGGAGUAUAUCUUGGUUUUUUUAGAAGCUUAUCUAUUCCCGAAUGUCGGUCUACCGUUAUAUUUUUGCUUCGGGUUUUCAGUCUCCAGGCUGUAUACUUUUCGUGUAAACUGAAACAUACGUUCUUUUAUGCCAUUAAGGCAAUACCAUAUGGGACUCAUUAAAUGUUGCUGCGAACGUGGACUAUGUUAAAUAAAUAACGAGAGUAUUCCUAAACAGACAGAUACGAUAGCGGUCUUAAGAAAUCCCGUAAUUAGAAACUUUUAGAAACCGAUACAUAUCCUUUCUUCCAAAGUAAAAUUUGAAUAAGACGUGAUUUUCUGCCAACCGCGCACAAGAAAUGGGGCUGUUGUGCAUGUUUUCUGCAAAAUAUUUUUGAAUUUAUAAGGAUCAUUGUAAAUCAUCGGAGAAAACACACACUAAUUAAGUAGCCAUUCUCUCUCGAGUUCGGUUUUUAGGCGGCUGAGAAAAAGGCCAACAUCCUGUUAUGUCUGGAAUAUCACGGGCUUCUGCCACAAGAUAGUAAAUAUAACAACCCCAUCCUCCUAGUCGAAACGCAUUUCAGAAUUUCAGUUGACACAUCGUGAGAUCGGCUGCUGACUGUAUUUGAGAUCCAAGCCGCCCUCCCAAAAGCCUGGUACACGUGUAGUGGUGAUCAAGUCAUGCGUGGGGCACGCGCAGACAGGCCGUUUGAAUUUGUCCGGCUCCAACCUCGGGGCACCCACCAUCAGAGAAAGGUGUUGGCGGUGGAAAGAAACCUCUUGGUUGAUGCGACAAGUCUGCCCGACCGAGCCUAUCGCGUGUGACAUGUAGUGGACGUCGUCGUUUGCGACGGUCGAACGAGCACAGAAGGGAAUCAGGGGAGACCAAGUUGACUUUCGCCCAUCCUAACGCCUUUCGUUACUAAUUAUUUGAAUGAUAUGCGAUUAAGCAUGACUUAUAAGAGCAGAAAUUCGUAAGCAUCAUUCCCGCGCAGCGUUAUCUUUCAGUCGCUCCAAGCAGGCAGUCCGCGCAUUUCUAUGAAAAUCGCCCUACUGCAGUGGUUGGUGAAUAGGGCUCCUUUAAAAAACGAAUGUGUUUUUUGCCUUUGUUGGUUUUCAAUCCCGAUCUUUAACUUGCUUUCACGAAGUUGCUUGUCUGGAAAACUUGUAUUCCAGUCAUUGGUUUGAAUUGUCAAUGUCUUUUCCAUGUAUUGUCGAUGAUGAAUAGGUCAUUUGGAAGUCGGCUGGCGCAAAGCCGGAAUAUAUUCACGCCCCUCAAAUCCAUGCUUAGAUGGUCGCUACCUCAGGCAGGCGUCACUGUUGUGUUGCCAGCCUCGAAAAGGUUGCUUUCGACAGUAUGUUCACCAUAUUAAUUUGCUAAGGGCACAGUAAUUCAGUCGACGUUUGGCUAUCUAUCCCGAAAAUGGUCGAAUUGAGAGUAUGCUUACCUCGUUUGUUUGCUUGGUGCCAGUGUACAACGUAAAACCGCAGGAAAACAAAACAUGGGAGAGGUCAAAGGCACAAACAUGCGCUUUUACACGAUCCAAACAGGCUCUAACAGAUGGUUCAUAAGCACUUCGUCGAACCGCAACCUGUCACUACUGUUGUCGUCUAUCUGGUAUUUAUUCAAUCAGAAGUGGACGCAUUCCUCUGCCAUUAUAACUUGGUCGACGUUUGCCUGGUAUCUGGCUGCCUUUCCGAUACCUUUGCCAAUCAUAUUUAGUUUGUUUACUUUGGGAGACCAGUAGAUCAGUGUGUGCCUAUUCCUACUUCAAUAGCAGGCAUUACGCAAGCAAUGUCAAAUACUUAAAAGAUCCAGGGCCUGGUGAGAAAUGCACAGUUUGUAAGUAUGAGCGUUAAGAAAGAAGUGUAUUAUUGGGGCAUUGGUUUUGAUGGUACUCCGUUCUCUUAGACAUCAUGCACGGCAUUUGACAGUGGCGUUGGAUUGAUGUUGGGGUUGCCGCGUUCACGGAUACCAUUUAGUCUCAAGGUUAAUUUCAGGGAGUGGAGGAGGCUGUUGGUGGCUAGCAACCCCGUUUAAGAGAUCUCGUCUGCAACAAUGCCUCUAAAACUCAUCCAUAUUAUCUGCGCAGAGAAGCCUAUUCAACGUCUACCGAGAGAUUGCCGUCUGUCAAAGAUUCUUUUUCUGAAGGACCGGUUACCAGAGCUUUUAACAAAUAUCUGGAGUUUAAAGCAGGCAUAGACAGCAGAAUUUAUUGGUACCAGUAAAUUUCGUGACGACUUAUCAACUGCAGCCUGACGUUGCAUAACAGAGAUAACAAGUGAGAAAGAUAGAUAGGUUUGAACUUUGAUAGAGAAAAUCAAUAUAAACAGCAAGGUCAUCGUAUACUGCACGUAGACUAAUCGAUAAUAUGGUAACAUCAAAACGCAAUAUAGGAAAGAAAAUGGGGAAGUCCAGGUAGCGCAAUAACCGAGUAGUUCGUGCUCGAACUAAUACUCGAAAGGACGUUUUGGGGUCAACCGAAUGGCCACUAUCAAGAUGUUUUGUAAUGGAAGACCGUGGAAUAUUAUUCUCCUGAUUUAGAAGCCAUUUAGGUAGGUAGCAAUAAAUUCUGCUGUCCAUGCUUGCUUUAAAUUCAUUCCGAGGAAAUAUUGUUUCAAAUAUCUGGCGAUCAAAAACCUACCCAUAGGAUGGCUAUGCUCAUGGGCAGUGCUAAGUAAGUAUGUAGGGGUUUCCUGUUGGAGGCCUGCUUGACAGUACUGCCAGUGCACUCGGUUGAUCGAGAAUCACGUCAUUUUCAUAUUUUAUACUCGAAGAAAGAGUAUAACUAGGUUUUAAAAAAAGUUUCUACUCUUGAGAUUUCUCAAGACCGUGCAAUGUCCAUUCAUACAGCAUCGUACCUGUCCGUUUACCACUGCUCUUCAUGAAACUUACAGCAUAGUUCUCAUCCAUUGCAAAAUUUUAUGGACUAAAUAUGGCAUAUUCAUAAAGGUAUAAAACAGUAUAGGAUUUUCUUUACGCAGAAUGCAUGCACCUUGUAGACUGAAAUCACAAGACGCUAAUGCAACGGCUGAUCAGGCUCCAAUUUAUUCGGGAGUUAGAAGACUUUUCUAAAACCCAAUUAUACGCUUUCUUCGGGUAUAAAAUAUGAAAAUUACGUGAUUCUCUAUAAAACGAGUGAAAGAAAGAAUAUUUUUGUUCAUAUAUUUUUUAUAAAAUAUAUCUGAAUUUAUAAGACCAUCGAAAGUAAAUGUGAAAAAUGCAUGCUACUUAAGUAGUUAUUCUUUUACCGAGUACGAUUUCUACAAGAGAUUGAAAAGAAAUUCAUUUAAAGGCCGACAUCCUGUCGAGUCCGAAAUACCAUAGGACUAUGCCACGGGCUGAUCAGUAUUACAACCUCACCUAAGUAAUCAUUCCUAACCGUAAACGCAUCUCAGAAUUUUGGCCAACAUUUCAUGAGAUCGGUCACACACUGUAUGCAGGGCUUCCCUGGUAGAGGCCUCCUUGACAGUACUGUCCGUGCAUUUGUAGUUGGAUGGUAGGAAUGGAAAGUCGACUGUUGCAUGCGGGAGGAAGGGGACAGUGAGGUCGGGAAUACGCCCCCAUAGCGCAUUCCUCACAACACUAAAUCUGGCGCGUUGGUAUCUAUCACGACGUGUUAAGAGUCUUGGCUUGGAAUGCUGCCAGCUGAUUGGAUAACCCAAUCCUCAAAGUCAGAUCGGUGGAGGCACUGAAGAGCUGCGAGUUAGGCUGUCCUUGCCAUUUCGUAGUGUGAUGAUGCCAGCAUCCUUGCCUAUUUGGGAUCCACGUCGCCCCUACAAUAGCCUGGCGUGGGAACAGAUCUGUGUGGGGCACGCGUAUACGGGCUGUUUAGUCCGAUUUAGAAGUGUGCGCGGCAGUAUGAACAUUGUUGGGAGAUGAUUCUACUGAUGCAUGUCUCGAAGACCUUGUGGAUAAAGCGUCUUCUUGAAGUUGGUUUCAGAGGAAGGAGGGUUUGUCACAAUUCAUGUCAAUCAUAACUCGCACACAAGUAUGCUGUCAUAUCGACAAAGAAAUCAAAUAUCCACAUUGUUGUGAUUGUGACUUUGGAGUUGCGUCAGGGGUUGCCUCGUACGCGAAUACAGGCGGUUCUGAUUGAAACCCUCGUCUUCUGGAAAAUUUCGUUCUGCAAAUUUAAAUUCCCUGAUCAUGAGAUUCCAAUAGGCGAAUUCUACUUAGUUCCGCAAAUAUUCCCAUGUUACACUUAAAACUUUAAGUUGGCAAACACGUGUUUUCGGUAAUUAUUCGUCAGGCCAAUACAGUUACAUGAAGGAAUGAAAGUGUACACAAUUAGCAGUGUUUAUAGGUGUCUCAAGGGCUAUUAGGUCAUUAACACUCAUCCUCGCCACGCCGCCCGCAUGACAAGGUCGACGGGUGUUAAUCGUCAGAGCUAGGGGAGGGGGAUAAGAGAGUCUUUGAGUGAUGUUCUUGGAUUGAGUACACGGAGUACCCACCACCGUGAGUAGGGAUUUGAGGCGGCAUGGCUUCAUCACUUGGGGUUGGCGUUGGCCACGGCAGAGAGGGCGCUUGUGUCAGGGUUUUCUGACAGCAUAACACCGGAUUCGCUAGCCGUAUAGCUAUUGCCUCGGGCGUUGCUGUAUCUCUUUGCGUACGCCUUUAGAGGAGCAUGUUGGUGUCCGGUAGACAACCUGAAAUGCUUUCUUGGCAUCGACUCGGUGGUUUGUAUCGAUUAAAUGCGCGAGAAUAGAACUCUAAAUCGACCGGGUCUCACCUCUGUCUAGCCAGGCGGGCAUAUGUUCACGCACCCUCUUUACCAGGCGUCUCGUUGUGCGGCCGAUGUAUCCUGCUCCACAGGAGCAAGCGAAUGAAUAAAUGCACAUUGAUGUGGCCUCCAACGGUAGUCUGUCUUUGCCUCUCAAACGUAGGAGGGGAGAGCUUGUGAAGCAUACGCGUAAAUUCGCCACGGGGAAUGCCCUCGUGAUAGUCGUAGUUAAGCGCCGUCUGACUAGUCCGCUCGCUGUGUCUCCUGCAAAAAGGCAAUCUUAUGAAUACCUCUUUCCUUUCNUAUCAUACCCACAUGUGCUAUCCAUUUCUGCUUUUCGAAGUCCAGGACCGCAGUCUUGAACAGGUUGAGGUUUUUGCUAGUCAAUUUGGAAAAUAAAUUCGCUCUAACGAAGGGGUGGUUCUUCUUGUUAGACAAACAACGAAACAUUCGAGCAAGCGUGAAUGCUAACAGUUAAUUAACACUGCCUAUCGGAUGACCAAUGUUUUAGAAUAAUGAGGUCGCAAAUCAGGUGGUAUUCUGGUGUUGAUUAAGAAGAUAUUCCGCCUCCCAAAGCCGCAGGUACCCGGAUUUACGCGGUUCUUUUCAUAACCAUUAGACAGAUAAACUACUUGUUGACGCACUGUUGUAAAAAAAGAGAGUGCAUUUAAUGGUACAGCUUAUGCUUGGUUCGUUGCAUUUCAUUCUGUGCCACGUUGUGCAAAGUCAUCAGAAUACUCUGAGGAACUCGUCAUUUUCUCAUACAACUCUUAAACACUAUAUGACUUCAGUUGUGAGCGGCGUACAUGUUGGGAGCUACUGCGGCUUUAAGAGACUUUUGGCCCAUGUGGUAUCGGUACGACUGAAGCCUGACUGAUGUCGAGCGCGCGCAAAGCAAGAAUUACCUGUUAGUUCGCUGUACUCGGUCCUACCGUCAAAUAGCUGAACUCUGUCAGGUCACUGGCGUAUGCGCAAGUCUGCCUCGCUGUAAUUCAGUUCACGUGCUCUCCUAUCAAAGCGUAAUCAGUGGGCUAGGCACGUAUUUUCGACCUAUUCAUGAGCAGUACUUUCGGGAGGAGUGUAAUGUGACCACCCCGUGUCGUUUAUGUCGACACUGUUGCUACUUAUUAUAAUUGGGUAGUUUGGAUUGUUGGUCACGGGUAACUUGUGUGCGAGCAGAGAGGCAGCUGUUGCCAGACCGAAUCCCCCCAACUCUUCUGGUUCACUGUCUGCUCCGAGUAUAAACCAGUCUUCCCCUUGUCUACACAAAUAUCACCUGCCCGUAGGCUUGACUAAAAGAACUGCUGAUGGUACCUUCUGAGUCGUUUGUACACUCCCCUGCUCUGGCAAAAGUUGUUCUGGUAACUGUCUCCCUGACUACUGACGAGGGCAAGUUUCAUUUUCAAACCCUUUAAAUCUAUAGGACUUCCAAAUGCUGUUUGUUGUGUCAUUGGUCACGCGAGGAAAAACAGAAAGCCGGUGAUUUACAGAGCAAGAAGCUGUUCUUUUAGCAGUAUAUCUAGCCUGAUUCCUCCGCACGUUGAUAAAGUGAUGCGUUUUUCAUUACAUUUUCGAAAAUGCGCCGAUCGCUGCAAAACUGACUCAGCUUUUGCACGAGAGGGCAAAGAAGGCAAAGUUUUGGUGAAAACAAUGUUUUACCACAGAAUGUUCAGACAUAACACUAAGUAAUAAAAAUUCCCAGACUACGACUGGCGCGCGACUAUAAAAUCACGACCGCGUUAGUGUCACCGGAUUUAGCUUAAUGUGUAGUCUCUACGUAUUUCUAGAACCCCACAAUUCUGCUUGUGCGACUGGUCAUUUCGACUUCUCCCUGGUUAUUAAUACUCAUAGGUUUUCUGCCAGGUCGAGUUUGAAGAUUUGAGACGGUUGCAACGCCGCAUCACUUGGUUGCUAAUCGGCUGUUGCUUCAUAUUUUACGCUUUUCUCCUCAAAAUGUUCCAUUUUCACGGCUUUACUAGCCCGAAAAUUGCAGCAGUCUAAUCGAAAACGUUCAAAUGGAUGUUGGGUCAUCCAGCUGUAGAACAUACGCCGGCCUAUCAACCGAGAAUAUUCCUGUCGAAAGCCGCUCGGAUGGCCUUCAUUUAGGCUUGAUUUUUAACUCAGAUCAAGCCUUGCAUUGUCCUCAUUUUAGACGUUCGUCUUUGUAACGCCUAAGCAAUGAGAGUGCUCAGAGCGCUACGAAUACCAGACCACAGAAGUCACCAUAAUGAGGGGUUCGUCGCAUACGAAAACCUGAGUUGUCAUCUCUGGCGGACACGGCCGCAGACGAAGCCAGGGCGUGCGUUGACUGCGUCCAGUCAUGCCUGAGAGUUUUCUGAAAACAGUGGUGGCCAUAAUUUUUGUCGGCUUGUGAGUAACAGGCUUGAGUGGUGUCCAAAUGUUGCAUGUUACAAUUGCUGAUAGGUGAUAUCCCUGGUGACUUUUGUCGCAUUCGCGAGGGGCGGUGCGUUCUAGCGACGAAUGGACAGCUGUGGCUUUGUGGACUCACGACUUAAAGUCGGUCGGAUGGCUGCAGGCCAGAGCGUUGGAAACCGUUUGCUGCGAAGGUAAAUAACCUUGACGCCACGGGGUCGUGGGCAGGGGCGUCAGGCAUGACCUUGGUGACUUGUAGCCACCGAAGACGUCAAGGAUUUAUCAUACCGAGACAGCGAAGCACUGGACAUAGGUCCUGGCUAAGACACUGCCGAUCGGGUAUACGUGGCGAGGAGUAGGCGGACGCUAGAGAUUGUCAGUAACAUCUUCAAUGGUCUAACGGUUCACGUUCCCCUGUUAUACGUUUGAAAUCGUCCGAUGAGAAAGUCUUCAGCCACUCCGACACACGUGCCAUCAGUGUCAGGUAACAGUUUACUCAUAUGGGUCUGCGUGCUGUCGUAAAUUCACGCGCAUCUUCCAUAAAUAUAGCGUGAUUGCUGCUAUUCGGUGAAUUAACCCUUAUUCGCUUUCUUUCUUGCUCAUGUAUGUAUGCGCGAAAACAUGAGUGAAAUCAGCCCGAUCCUCAUUUUCCAAAUUCGCUACUUUGUCCGAGGACUCCAAGCGAUGUGCCUAAUUUGGGUCGCUUCCUGCUGGGCUUUCGAACUUUAUUGUUUUGUUUCUGUACCGAGGUACAUCCAUGCCAAUGGCUUUAUUACCUUGGAACUUGUCAGUCUUUUGCAAAACUUUAAUUGCAUCGCAUAGACGAGAGCUGAGAUUUAGAUUUUCAAAAUUUUCCUCGGAUAUCUCACCAGAGGUUGUACCCACUGCUUAUAUUUCGCUUUCCAAGUUUCUGCCUGAGUAUGAGCUUGCAUGGUCGUAAGGGUAGCUUUAACGGACUAUUUUUUGCACGGUCAUUGUAGCCUCCUGUCUGCUGACGUACUUACUGAAGUCUAAUCAGUGUAUUUGGAGUAAAUUAGAGAAGCCUGUGCAAACUACAUUUAAGAAAAAUACAAGUCUUCAUGAGGUGCAGUUAAGUUGAAAAGAUCUAUACAUUAAUUCAGCAUGCGGAAUGCGUGAGACUGAUUGCGAAAUAGGAGGUGUUAAAAAGGUGAAGACUUUGCUGAAUAACGACGAACAACAAGUUGACGGCAGUUGCACCGUUUUGAAGUUAUUGCAAACAAAAUGGGUUAGCGAAAUCGAGGCAGCAGCAUGUUGAUGAUUAUAAACAAUCAAAUUGUUUUUACUUACGCCCCUUGGGUGUCCUAUCAAUACAAGUAAAAAUAAAUUUUCAAGUGAAGUUUGGAGCAGGUAGACAGAACCUGUAAACUAUUCAGUUCAUGCUUACAGAAUAAACAGUCUAAUGUGAAAAAUCGCCACUCAUGGGAAAGUAAACAUUCGAGUGGGACAAGGCCGCUAUGCAGGUAAAAGUAUAUAAGGACUUGAAACAUUCCUCGCUGAAGCGGAAUUCCUAAACUGGAUGAUACCAUUCAUCGCAGAUGCAAUUAUAUUUUUUUCGAAUGAGACCAGAAGCAACCAUCAAGGUGGCGAGAUAGGAGGAGGGGAACAAAGUUGAGCCUCAAUUAUCCCAGUAUUUCUCCCCAACAGCCUCCACUGUUGACCUUCCGUCCAUCGCGCACUUAAUUAUGUCAUGACAAAGCUGCGUGACGGUCACCGUUAGACAGUUGUGAAACCUGAAAUCCCUCAUAAUGGCCCAGAAACCGUCUCUACUUCACAGUGUUAAACGAUUUGUUCGGACUCAUAAGGGUUUUGUGAAUGCUGAUCGAAAUUUCGUAUCAUUUUUCGUGCAAUCGCUGAACUGUAAAAAUCCCAUUUAUGCCUCUCGGGUUAUUUUGGAAUCAACAUUAUUUCAUACCAAGAUGUCAUUGAUUCGCUGGUAAGUUCAAGUCAUUGUGCAUUUCUCGGACGGAUAUGUUGCAGUGAAAGGUGAAAAGGAGAUCUCCGAGAAUUUUUGGAGAUUUCACUGUACAAUUAACAUGUACGAAACUAUUCAAUUAUAGUAGCCUAAGGGGUGUAGGGGUGUCAGCGGUGGGUUCACGUGAUGGUCGUGGUGGUCGCUCACUUGCUUGCAGGUGAGACUACGCCUAGCGUUCACUUGCUGGCACUCAACUCUCACCUGUGGCUCCACGUAGCUGGGCUCUGCUCAGCGGCCACACCCCGGGCAACCGCCUCGGCCGGCGGGCUAAACCAUGUGAGUGCGCUGUGCGCUUCUGCCGCGUACACAGUGUACUGCGGACUCCGCUGGAUGGAUGGUCGGAUGAAACACUGCGCCGGCAUCGUCGAGACGAGGCUCUGCCUGGUACGCCGUUGGAUAACUGCUGCCGGGACGGGUCUCCGCAUCGCCGUCGCUGAGACGCACCCACCCUUGCCGACGGAGACCGCGGACUCACGGCAUAUGCGGUCGUUCUCCACUACAAACAUAAAAGUCGUGGCCCCAUAGUGGGAUUCGGUCGCGCCAACCUGACACAUGGGCAGCCCGAUUCAGGGGUGGCACUGCCUGCCCUUACGAGGGGAAGGGCCUAGAAAAGGUGGCCUAAAAAAUGCUGGGCACCGCGCCGUCUGCAGGCUAGCCAAAGCCGCAGAUGUCAUCAACACGGUCGAGACAAUCAAAAUCAAAAUAACAACAAUACCAAUAACAACAACAACAACAACAACAACCGUACUCAUUCUCCUCAUCCUAACCCUUCUUCCUCUUCCUCCGUCUAUUCUUCUGCCUAUUCUUCUCCUUUGUCAUCUUCUUCUCCACCUCCUUCCCGCCGCCCCACUCGCUGUCCCCAGACUGGCAGGGUGAGCCCGCUCACUCUGGCAGCCUGGAAUGUUCGUUCCCUUUUAGACAAUCCGAGGAGCAACCGACGGGAGCGGAGGACGGCUCUAGUGGCACAAGAACUGGCGCGCUACAAGGUGGACAUCGCCGCACUCAGCGAGACCCGAUUCUCCGAACAAGGCCAACUGGAGGAAGUGGGUGCCGGCUACACCUUCUUCAUGAGUGGUCGACCCAAGGCAGAGCGACGAGAUGCGAGUGUCGCCUUCGCCAUCCGGAACGACAUCGUGGGACGAGUGCCCAGUCUGCCGCAGGGCAUCAACGAUCGCCUGAUGAGCCUCCGCCUGCCUCUCCGGGGUGGGGGCAAAUUCUCCACCAUCAUCAGCGCCUACGCUCCGACGAUGACCAACCCGACGCCGUCAGAGACAAAUUCUACGAGGAUCUGCACGCCCUCUUGA